UGUUUAAAAAGAAGACUGCACAUAAACAAACUUCACAAUUCAAACAGCCAAUGGAUCCGUUUUCCUUCCUGUGAAGCAAUAUUUGUGUAUUUUCGCAAAAUUGACAAGUAUAUUUAUUCGUAAAAAAAAAAAUGGCAGCGCCAACAAUGCCGUGCACUUACGAGUUUUCCAGAGGCCACGGUACUGGUGCGGCAGAAGCGCUUGGAAACUGGGGCUUCUCUAAUAGAACGUGUAGCGCCGGUCAAGAGCUACAACGUUUAAAGUGUCUCUUCGCAAAAAUGGACUCUUUACGUAGUCGCGACAAACCGACGAUGUGCGUCAAAUACGAUCGCAGAUACGAUCCUGAUGCGUGGUAUGUUAAGCCUAGCCCUGAUGAAUGUAAACCGUCGUGGACAUUUCCUAUAAAUAGGCCUGUCAUUAUUUAUUGUUCGACCGCCGAAAUCAGGAAAAGUUCCAAUUUACGUGAAAUCAAAGCGGAAUUAAUGUACGAUGUUCCUGGCCGGACCUAUGUUCAACAGGGUACAACCAAAUGGUACCGUCGAGGUUCAGAUUGUUGUUAUCAGCCUAGCUGUUUAGCUCCACAAUGUCCUGUACAAUACUGUUGUAAAGGAUAAUCUUCAAAAUUUUUAUAUAAUUGUAAUCGUACUUAGUGGUAACAUCAAAUCGAAUAUAUUGAAUGAUUUUUUCUAACAAUAAAGUGUAAUAUGUGCAACGUA